GCGCCGCAAUCCGCCGCAACUUCUCCGGACCUGACCUUCGACCCGGUCAGUGACCCCCCUCAUGGCGUGAACCACGACACUCUUCUCCCUUCCCUUGGGCCUUACACUCUCACCACAUAGCAAAAUAACAUCAUAACCAUGAGCGCCUCGCGUGUAGGCCGAGCCACGCUCAAAUCCGCCAAGGGAGCAGCAGCCGCAGCAGCAGCGAAGCCCGCCAACGCUGCUCCCCGUACCGGCGCGAAGAACAAGCUGAAAGCACCAGCCCCAAGCCACCCCGAAUACACCCCGGCCCUCUCCAAACGCGCGCACCCCACGCUGACCGACUUCCACCACCACCCGCCCUCAACAACGACCCGGAUGAGCCCGCGCGUGAUGACGGUUAUCGGCGUCAGCGCGCUCGGCUUGAGCACCUACAUCGGGUACCUGUACGCCUCGUACCGACGCGAAGUGACGCACUCGCAGACGCUGUCCGCCACGGUCCCGGCCAACGUGACGGAUCGCUACAACACGACGGCGCGCACCUUCGACGCCGACGUCGAGAUGUCCGAGAAGCUGAUGCGGCUGGGCGCCAAGCGGCGCGACCUCUGCCGCCGCGCGCGCGGCGACGUCCUCGAGGUCAGCUGCGGCACGGGCCGGAACAUCGAGUACUACGACCUCGGCCCGCCGCGGCGCGGCAUCGUCGACGAGCGGACGGGCGCGGUGGGCGUGCGCGGGUGCCGGUCCGUCACGUUCGUGGACCUGAGUCCCCAGAUGGUGGACAUGGCGCGCCGCAAGUUCGAGGAGCUGUAUUCGGGGAAGAAUAACGAUGCCGUCCGAAAAAGGGUCGAGUUUCGCGUGGAGGAUGCCGCGGCGGUCGGGGCGGGGCCGAGUCCCGAGAUUAUCGGGGCGGCGGCCGCUGGUCAAUCCAAGAAAUACUUUGAUACGGUCGUGCAAACGAUGGGGUUGUGCUCGUUGCCGGAUCCCGUGGGUACGCUGAGGCAUUUGGGGACGGUGGUCGAUCCGCAGAGGGGCGAGAUUCUGUUGCUGGAGCACGGUCGCUCGCAUUAUGCGUGGUUGAAUCGCGUGUUGGACAAUUUGGCCCCCGCCCAUGCGGAUCGGCAUGGGUGUUGGUGGAAUCGCGAUAUCGGGGAGAUUGUGAGGGAGAGUGGGUUGGAGGUCGUCGAGGAGAAACGCUGGCAUUUUGGUACGACUUGGAAGUAUGUUCUGAGGCCGGCGAGAAAGACGGCCGAGUAG